GCGAAACGCCAUUAGAUUGUUGAUCGUAGAGAUCCGUCAGGAGUGAAUCAGGAUUUAAUAGAGUGUAUGCGCUCAAAGUGCGUAAGAAGCGCACAGCAACGAUUCUUUGGUGUAUUGCGUUCAUAGGAGUCUCUAUGGCUGCUGUGAUCGGUUAGAGGCUUGGAUCAGGCGUUGUAUUUCGGUCGGAGUUUGAGAGUUUGAGCAUGGCGGCGGCUGGAGGGAAGACAUACUCGUUCAAGGUGGUGUUGCUGGGGGAGGGAUGCGUCGGAAAAACAUCGUUGGUGCUGCGAUACUGCGAGAACAAAUUCAACGACAAGCAUAUCACUACUCUACAGGCAUCAUUUCUCACAAAGAAGCUCAACAUCACAGGGAAGAGAGUAAAUCUGGCUAUAUGGGACACAGCUGGUCAGGAGCGUUUCCAUGCGCUUGGACCCAUCUACUACAGAGACUCAAAUGGAGCCAUUCUGGUAUAUGACGUCACAGAUGAGGACUCGUUCCAGAAGGUGAAAAAUUGGGUAAAAGAAUUAAAGAAAAUGUUGGGGAAUGAAAUCUGUUUAUGUAUAGUAGGCAAUAAAAUUGACCUGGACAAAGACAGACAUGUUUCAGUUGAAGAGGCAGAAGGGUAUGCAGAGUCAGUGGGUGCAAAACACUAUCACACAUCAGCCAAAUUAAACAAAGGAAUAGAGGAGCUGUUUCUGGACUUGUGUAAACGUAUGAUGGAGAGUGCUCAGGCAGAUGAGAGAUUGAGGGGGAAUGGUGCGAGUCAUACGAGCACACGAGCAAGAGGCGUUCAGAUCGUCGACGAUGAACCACAAGCUGCCAUUGCCGCCGGAGGCUGCUGUUCAUCCGGCUAAAUUCAAUGAACCCUUUUACCUGGGACUAAUAAUGCCCCGUUCUGUGUACAAACUGCCACUAGCCACAGCUACACACAUACGCUACAGCGCUGUCAUUUAACAGUUUGGUCCUUAGUGAAACGGUUGAUUUAAAAACUCUUGACUUUGGGGUAUGAAAAUGCCCGAUUGCCCCACACUGACGAUAAAUUAAUAUCAAUUAAAAAAAAAUAGCUACAAACAUGCAGUGAUAUAUUUCCCGAACUAUCUGAUGCGUUUGCUCUUUUUCUUUUGCCAUGGUGUUGUGCAUGUAGAAUCUUUAAUAUCCUCAUUUUGUUUUACGUCAAAGAAAAAAGAAAGAAAAUCUUUAUUAUUUAAUAACUUAUUUACAAGUUAUAUCAAACAUCUACAUGUCUAAAGAACUUUUGCACUUGUAUUAGUUGAUGGGCUUUUUUCAUUCUCAUACAGACUCAUUCUGUCAUUCAAAUCUUCUGUAUCUUUCUUAAAAUAAGAAAUUAAAAACCAUCUAGAACAUUUAAACUCCUUGUAGAUUUUGUCUUUCUCUCUCUUUCUGUUGCUGAUUUACCACUAUAAUUUGA